AUGACAAAUGCAUCAGUAAAGAAGCCACUUGUUUAUCUUAAUAUGGUCUUAAAUAUUCAAAAUCUUAAGUUUAUCUAGACUAAAAUGGUUUUGAUUCUUAGCUUUUCCCAUUUCUAAGAGACAUAAUUCUAAUCACCUGUUAUCUAUCCUCCCCUUACAUAUAUUUUUAGUUUGACCAUUUAAUACUAUACUCUCAUACAGCUAGGUUUAAACAAGAUAAAUAAAUCUAUUCAGAUUAGCUUAUUGAUAACUACUUCUGAAAUCCUUUUCACUAUUCAGAAAGUCUCACACUCCCUUCCUUGUAAAAAUUAAGAAAAGUAAAAUUGGAUAUAAUUUUAAACAUGGAAAGCAUAGAAUGAUGUCAAAAGCUAUCUUUGCCAAACAGUAUAUGUUAUAAGAAGCUGGAAUUUCCAAAUAUAUAAUAGAAGCCUGAUUAUAUAAUUGAAUUAUGGAGAUUUCAUUGUAAUUAUCAUUAUUUGA